AUGUUCACAAAGGCCCACCAUGAUGCUGCGAAACAUGUGCACCCGCGCACGGGCCUUCUCCGAAUCGCCAGAUCUGAUACAGAUCUGGCAGUCAUUCUGGAGGCCUUCAAGACAGGUGUUGUGGAGCAGAAGCAGGAGCUGCUUGCACAGGCAGAAGAGCUGGUCCUCGCGCCGGAUCUAAGGACUUUGACGUCUUCGUUGUCCCGGCGCGUGGCGUUUUGGGAGGACCAGAUCGAAGAGAGCUGGCACCAGUGGUCUACGCAGUCCAGCCUUUUCCAUGAGGCACAGGCCGAGGCAGCUGACUCCUGGGAGAAGCUGCGUGCUCAGUCGUACAGCCUACUGGAGGCAGCCGAGGCCCUUAUGGCUGAUUCGAGUGGGGGCUUGGGCGAGCAGGUGCCCGAUCCGUUCGACGCGGAGCUUCACGACACUUUCGCCGAGGUCGCGACAGUGCUGGCGCUCCUGGGUAGCUGGGCACACUUCCACAACCUGAGGGGUGAUGGCCAUGUGCUCGUGGAGAUGCGGGACCUCUUUCGUAGCAUCGUCCUUCGUCUGGACGCCCACUUUGUCCCGCUGGGUUACGAGGGCAGCAGCGCCGUGCGCCAGCGGCUGGACUUAGAGAACUCCUGGCGGAUGGUGGAGGAUUCCCCAGCGGAGCUGCCCAGGAAUGGUGGUUGCCCGGUGCAUGGCCGAGGCCGUGUUCUCUUCAAGGAUUAG